AUGCUAGAAGUUAUUACCACCAAAUCUGUCAAGGAAAAUUUCAUCUCGUUCCUAGGGAGCAGUCAAUGCAACACAACAGUAGGCCAGGACAUGGUACGACGGCUCUCCAUCAAUCCUGGUGGCGCUAAGGAGGUGAGAAGCUUUUCCAGUAAGUGCAUAGCCCAGACCCAUUCACUGACAAUUCUGGACUGCACUGAGAAACCUGUACCCAUCAAAUUUGCUGAGUUGACACUUUUGAGGGUUUUAGAUCUUGAAGGAUGUGGAUGGUUAAGUACUAACAAAGAUCUCAAGGACAUUUGCAAACAGUCUCUGCUGAGAUACCUCAGCCUUAGAAACACAGCCAUAUCCCAACUACCAAAUGCGGUAGGGAAACUUAAAGAAUUGGUGACAUUGGAUGUAAGGGAAACUUCUAUUGACGAAUUUCCCGAAGGCAUUACUCAGCUCCAAAAUCUGAAUCAUCUGCUUGUAGGCCAUUAUGAAUAUUACACAAGGACACGAAGUGUCAAGCGUUUUGGGUGGAAUGGUGGAGCGAAGGUACCACUUGGAUUAGGGAAUAUGGGUGCCCUGCAAAGAAUCUCUCAUGUAGACAUCUCUACAGAGAAAAGCUCCCGUGCAAUGCGUGAGCUGGGAAAAAUGUGUCAGUUAACCAGACUUUGUGUAAUCAACAGGAAGGAAGCAAAGUUUUGGGCACCCUUUGCUGAGUCUUUGAAACGACUUAUGAACUCUCUUCACUAUCUAAUGGUUGUGGAUGGUUCAAAGGAAGGUGGGGAGCUAGAAUUUUUAGUGCGCAUGUGGGGUACCCCUGUGUUUCUGGAGAGCCUGCAUUUGGCUGGACGGCUAAGUAGGCUGCCCGAGUGGUUUAAUUGUCUUGACAAGUUGGCCAGUCUGUCGCUUCGAGAGACUCACCACUUGAUGGAGGAUUCCUUUGAGGUUCUAGGGAACCUCCCGAGUCUUGUUUCUCUCAAGCUAUACAUCAAGGGAUAUGCGGGGAGUGCCUUAUGUUUUGAAGAGGACAUGUUUCCCAGGCUGAAGCAAUUGGUCGUGGAUAAUCUGGAAAAUCUCGAGGAGCUCAGCUUCCGUGGGGGUGCACCUAAUCUUGAGAGGCUCACAUUGGCUUUCCUGAGGGUGCCCAGUAAAGGCAUUCAUGGCAUUGGAAAAGAAAAGCUGCCGCAGCUAAGGGAAGUUGAAUUCUUUGGUGGUGUUAUAGAUUCUAUAUUUGCUCAGGUGUUUGAGGCGGCCUAA